AUGACUUCACUCGAGCCUGGCACACUCGCUGCCGCAUCAUCAACCAACAACAAUCAUCAUGUUCCUGAGGGUCAUGAUGACUUGGAUACGUUGCUAUCAACAAGCCUUGAACCUACGCAGGUGGGAGGCUCCUCUUCUUCUGACAACCAAGGAGUAACACCAACGACAGCAGGCACAAUUGAUCAAACCACAGCACCAUCAACUGGUUUUUUGGGAUCGUCCAAUGUAAGCCAAGAUCAACAACAACAACAACAGGGAGAUCAAAUGUUGAUUGAUGAACCAAUUAAGUUUUCUGAGAAGCAGCUAGUAAAAAGGUUGAGGCACUAUGAAAUUAAUGCUUAUGGUAGUGUUGUGAGUGCUUUUCGUGCACAAGGAGAAAUGAAUUGGGAAAAACUUAAAGUCCUUACACAACUUCAACAAAUGUUACACAUUUCUACGAAUAGACACUCGAUGGAAUUACUUCGUUGUGAGGCUGAUGUUAAAAUUCAACAAGUUGCUCAAUCGGGCGUAUACGGCAUAAUUGAUCGAGAGUCUGAGGAUAAAAAUAAUCGAUUCGACUUUUCUCUUGUGGCAAGUGAUACUGAGAGUGACAAUGACAAUGAAGCUCAUUAUCGUGUGAAGCGUUCUACAUCAAUACCACAACAACCAAUUUCACAACCAACACCGGCAACAACACCAAGAAGAGCUAGCUCUGGAAGAGGAAGAGGCCGAGGCCGUGGAAGAAAGAGAUCAUCUGGUACCAUGAUAUCGGAGACACUCUCUCACUCCCCAUCAAAAUCAUCCACAUUAUAUAAUUUGGAUGCAAGCUCUUCUAAUGCAGCAGCUGUUUCUUCACUUCCUACUCAACCUAAUACUCCAACAAAGGCCACAAGCGUUGUUACUUCAACAACUCUUAAUGGAACACCGGCUAAAAAGAAACGAGGUAGAAAGCCAAAAAAUCAACAACAACCUCCUGUAGAAGUUCCUGCACAACAAGCAGAAGCUUCAACAACACCUAAACUUUCAGAAGAAAUUGCCAAAAUACUUGCCGAAACAACAUUCCUUUCCGAUGAAGAUAUCAGAAAUAUCAAUGAUGAGGAACAAGUAGAGACCGUUGCAGAAAGAGAAUCAAAGCAAAUUGAAGAAUUAAAUAAGAAACUUUCUGAAGGAUUAAGCCAAAUAGAUACCGAAGCAAUUAUGGAAACCAUCAAGAAGAAGAAAGCUACACUUCAAAAAAUUAUUCAAAAACUUGAAAGCUUUGUUGAAUAA